AUGCAAGUCACCUUCAUCCUGUACAAUUUGACGAAACGAGCAAAGCCUUGGGCCUCAGGGCUCAACCUUCACGACCAAAACGUGUUUGAGUCGUUAGAGAUCUUGAAGUCUCUACUUAAAGAGACGUUUGAGCCGCCGAGAUCCGAGUUCAGAGCACGCUCUGCACUCUUGAGGCUCAAGCAAGGUAGACGGGACGUGCACGCUUACGCACAACACCUACGCUACCUUGCGAGUAGCGUCACGGAAAAUCCUGUUGAUGAGCACACGCUUGUCAACGUGUUCAUCUACGGCCUUGUGGAUGGGCCGGUGAAGACCUACAUGUUGCAAGAGGACUUCCAUACGCUGGAACAGGCGAUAGCGUAUGCGGAACAAGAAGACUUCAGCCUGAGACAGUCUCAGGCUAACUCGUCAAACUAUUGUCCGACGCAACGACAGAAAACAGGAGGUCCCUAUCCAAUGGACCUCUGUUGUAUCGAGAGCGAGAACACUCGCCCUCUGAGUCACAAGCGAACGGCAAGAUGCCUGUUGUUUGUUCAAUAG